CCAUCUUCCAUAUCCGAAAUUCCCAAUCUUCGUCCCCGUGCUUUCUAUUUUCACUCUCUGAGCUGGGUGGUUCUACAAUGGCUGCUGCCACCUCCCUCUCCAGUCUACCGUCAACAUGCCCUGUGCCCACUCAAUCCGGAAACAAAUCGAAACCCAAUUCGUCUUAUCCAUCUCUCAAACUCCAGCAUCUACAAAGUCCAUGGCUUGGCAUCAAUUUGCGUCUUCGAUCUUCAAAUCCCAAAGCUGACUUCCAAAAUCGCCGUCCGGUCAUUUCCACCGUCGUAUUUAGCCUCCCGACUGCGAACCCGGAGAGGAUUGCUUCUGCGGACAAACCUCCGAAAUGGUCGAGAAAUGCGAUAAAGUCAUUUGCCAUGUCUGAACUUGAAGCAAGGAAGCUCAGGUACCCAACUACAGGAACUGAGUCCCUUCUCAUGGGCAUUCUAAUUGAGGGAACCAGUUUAGCUGCAAAAUUUCUCCUUGCAAAUGGAACUACACUUUUCAAGUUACGUGAAGAAUGUGUCAAGUUACUGGGACGGGGUGAGAGGUCUUUUGUCAGUCCUAUGAAUCCUCCUCUGACUGAAGACGCUCAAAGGGCCCUUGAUUGGGCUGUUGAUCAGAAACUAAAAUCUGGUGAUGGUAGGGAAAUUACAACAAUUGAUCUCCUCCUCGGCAUUUGGUCAGAGGCGGAAUCUCCUGGACAUAAAAUAUUGGCUGCUCUUGGCUUCAGUGAUGACAAAGCCAAAGAGCUGACAUCUUUAAGUUCUGAACCUGGUUUUGUAGAUGGGUAAUACCUGUCUUUGGUACUUACCUGAUAUGUAAUUCUUUUAACCAGAGAAAUGAACAUUCUCUGCAGCCUUUGUUAUUUCUUGCCUGCAUAAUGAAGUUUCUGUUGGGCUCGAACAGAUAUGGUAAUU